AUGAAUCCAUCAUAUUUCCUUCCCAACCAAUUCUCAUCCUCAUCCAACGGUAAUCCCAACGGAGCAGGUCCGUCAAACUAUGCCGCCUCCUCAUCUUCAGCCUCAGCAUCAGCUUCAGCGAGUGGACCCAACUCACCUGAUCUACCAUCCCAUCAUCAGCAACAACAACAGCCAAAGAGGACCUAUCAGACUCAAGCGGAACAACGUCAACUCCUCCAUCCACCUAAUAUCCAAGGGCCCCUCAUCCAGCCUAAUCAAGAUUUGAAUAGUUUCCUGGAGACGUUCUGGGAAAGACAGAUGAAUACUGUUGAAGGCGAAAUACCAGAUUGGAAAUCUUAUAAUCUACCGUUGGCGAGGAUUAAGAAAGUGAUGAAGAGUGAUGAGGAUGUUAGGAUGAUCUCGGCAGAAGCCCCAAUAAUGUUUUCGAAAGCAUGUGAAAUAUUCAUAUCCGAACUCACCUGUCGAGCCUGGCUAGUCGCCGAAUCCCACAAACGACGCACCCUGCAGAAAUCAGAUGUCGCAUCGGCAAUAGCUUUUUCAGACAUGUUUGAUUUCCUGAUUGAUAUCGUACCGAGGGAUGAUGGUGAACAAGAUGCUGCGGCAGGAACUACCACCAAUAAUAAUGUAGGAGGUAGUGGGAAUGGAAGUGUGGUGGAUGAUGACCAUGAUCACGAUCAUGAGAAUAACGUUGAUGGAUCAAAUCAAGAUGGACAUGGACAGAUACACGGUGUCAACCCACAUGAUAUCAAUGGACAUGGUCAUGGUCAUAAUCUGCCGGAGGAUGAGGGUGAAGAUUUGUAUAACAAGUAUGUACAGGAAGAUUAG